AUGGGCUAUACCACGUGGUGGAAACGGCUGUCAGCCAAGCAGCUCAACUUCGCCAUACAAGCCUUCUCCCUCAUCAGCAUAUUCUUCGAAGGCUAUGACCAGGGUGUUAUGGGUGGUGUCAACGCCUCGCCCAGAUAUGUUGAAACAGUCGGCAUUGGGCUCCCCGACGGCACUGUCACGGAUACUCUUCAUCAGGGAGGCAUAGUCUCGGUGUACUAUAUGGGCUGCAUUGCGGGUUGCUUUGUUGGGGGUUGGGCGGCGGAUCGGAUUGGCCGUGUAAACGGUAUCUUCAUAGGAUGCAUGUUCGCCUUGAUCGGAGGCGCUCUCCAAGCCGCAGCGCAAUCCAGCAACUUCAUUAUUGUUGCCCGAGUUGUCACAGGCAUCGGCACCGGGGCCUUGACGGGUAUAACACCGGUGAUGGUCGCCGAAACUUCCACAGCAGACCAUAGAGGCGGUUUUCUCGGCUACGUUUUCAUUGCCAAUUACUUGGGCAUCUCCGUCGCCUACUGGCUGUCAUUCGGCCUUGCCUUCGUCGAUGGAGGCUACUCGGAAGUUCGAUGGCGAUUCCAACUAGCUUUUCAGUGCUUCCCCGCCCUGCUUCUCUUUCUCGGAAUCAAGAUGUUGCCGGAUACACCUCGGUAUUUAGCAUCAGUCGGGAGGUUCGACGACGCUCGCGAGGUCAUCGAGUAUGUUCGUGGGGGAUUCGGUCCUGAGGUUGAAAGAGAGUACCUUGAGAUCAAGGCUGUUGCGGAAGAGAGUACCAAGUCUUCUCCCGUGGAGUUCAUAAAGAUCCUGAUUGGCAAAGGGCCCAAACCCGGUUUUAAUCUUGGACAGCGCGCCUGGCUGUGUCUGUUCCUGCAAAUCAUGGCAUCGUGGACCGGCAUCACGGCCGUGACGGCAUAUUCUCCGGUGCUCCUAUCGCAAGCCGGAUAUACCGAAUUAACCCAGAACGGGCUUGCUGGCGGCCUGAACACCAUUGGAAUUAUCGGAACCAUCAUCAGUGCCCAGAUUGUUGACCGUCUCGGUCGAAGAACAUGUUUGAUGGGCGGCGCCUUCUGCCUCUUUGCUGUGAACUCAAUCGCAGGUUCACUCUACGAAGCUUCUCGUGCCAAUCCGGAGAAAGCUACUCAAUUUGCCCCUGCCGCUGUAGCCAUGUUGUUCCUUUUCAACCUGUCAUAUGCGGCCACAUGGGGAACAGUUGCGUUUCUUAUUCCAACAGAAGUUUGGUCGUCUGACUUACGUGCGCAAGGCAACGGGUUUGGAAUCACCGGUUGGGCCAUUGGUGUUGGUAUGACCACGCUAGUGAACCCGACAAUCUUCGAUGUCUUGGAAAAUCGGACAUACUUCCUGUUCGCUGGUCUCAACCUUCUGUGGGUGCCCAUUGUCUAUCUGUUUUAUCCCGAGACCUCAAAUCGUUCCCUCGAGUCAAUUGAUGCACUCUUCGCUGCUAAGAGUCUUUUUACAUGGAACAUGGAGCGCAGCUACAUGGCUCACAUCCAACGUCUGUUCGUCGAGGAUUAUCUGAUGGGUCUUGCGCUGUCGAUCAUCAUCUCCACCGGCGCCGUUCUUCAUACUUACCUAGCCGACAUCUACCUGACGUCGCUGCCCCUGGAAGCCACUGGCAUGUCCCCUGCAGACUAUUCGAGCCGCGUGACUGUCGUGUGGCGGAUCGACGGUGUUGCGAUCAUCCUGCUCGCCUUGGGGAUAUGGACCAUCAAAAUCAACUUCAUGUUAAUCUUUUACCGUCUCGGUCACCAAAUCACGGCCUAUGCGACCUUUUGGUGGGCCGUAGUCGUGGUCAUUGUCGUCUGCGGUGCGGUGCUACUUGGUAUUCUUCCCUACGACUGUAUGUUUGAAGAUUCGGGGUGGGUGAACGCGCAUUGCUCGACGGCGUCAAAGAUGAGCUACAUUUACUCCGUUUACAAAGCGAAUGUUGCUGUGGAUGUUAUUUCAGACUUCCUCAUCAUUGUGUUCCCCAUUUCAAUAUUGUGGAACACGAAGAUCUCCUUGUGUCAGAAGCUUGUUCUGUCGAGCAUAUUUUUGCUGGUCGCGUUUACUAUAGCCGUGACAAUUGUCCGGGGUAGUAUCUUCUUAGGCGUCUAUAAGUCCGGGGAGGACGCUAGUCGCAAAGGUUUGGACCCCUCAUGGAUGGUAUUUUGGUGGUUCAUCGAGCUUAUUGAGUUCCUGGACAGCCUGCGAGUCCUGGUGUACACUCAAUUCGAACAUGCCCAGGCGGCCUUUGGAACCGUCGACGAACGGUUUAAGGACUAG